GCCCAGACCAGGCCUUGGCUAAAACGAGCGAUACCAUCGGCGACGGAGAGCAGAGGUUUAAAAGAAGAGGAACGCCGUCGACGGAAAGAGAAGCUGGCGGGAAGACUUACACAUGGCUACGCUUCAGACAUGGAGAAAGGUUUACGGCGCUAUCAAAGAUGCCACCGAAGUCGGUCUUGCCAAAGUAACCAAAGAAUUCAAGGAUGUGGAUGUUGCGAUCGUCAAAGCUUCUAAUCAUGUCGAGUGCUCGCCUAAGGAGAGACAUAUCAGGAAAAUCUUGGCUGACACAUCAGUGAUGCAACCCCAAGCGGAUGUUGCCUACUGUAUGCAUUCCCCCGCCUGGCGGUUGGCGAAGACGGACAACUGGAUGCGUCUGUUCUCAUCAAUGAUGGAGAUUUCUAGGCCUAUGUUAGGGCUAGCAGUCAUUCGGUCUGAAAGUGUUAUUGCAUCUUCUUCGCUUCAUUUGACAAGGAGACUCAGUUCUUCAGGGCCCCAACAACAACAAGAAGAAAAUCCUGAAAGUACAGUAGAAGAAAAAUGCUCUUGUCAUGACUCGAGAGCAGAAGAUAAACAUAGUGAGUCAGGUAACGUAAAUGAGGAAGAAGAAGAUGAUGAUGUUGGUGUUUAUGUAAAUAAGCAGACUGGUGAGAUCGGAGGGCCAAAAGGACCAGAGCCCACCAGGUAUGGUGAUUGGGAGCGUGGCGGCAGAUGCUCAGAUUUCUGAUGAAAUAAAAAUAAGAAAAAUAUGUUAAAAGACCCUGCAGGUUGUGACUCAAGUGAAUCACAACAUCACUUUUGGGAGCCGUUGGGCAUUUCUUUUCAGUUCUCUUGUUUAAUUGUUUUAACCUGUUUUUCCCAUUUUGUUAUCUUUUUUCUGAAUAAAUAGAUAAUUGACCGUUAAGCUUACUUAAUGUAAACUAUUUCAAAUGAUCCAGUUUAGCAAACUAGGGCUGCAUUUUUUCCC